GACCUUUAUAUUUAGACCUUACAGCCCUCAUUUCUGACAGUCAUCAUGAAGAGAUCACUGAUCUUCUUGAUCCUCUCCCUCUUUUAUGUCUGCUCUUCAGUCCCUGUAAACCGCCCGACCAACUGGCUCCGACAAUGUCGCGCCUCCACAAACCUCUCCAUCACAGCCCUGGAAGUGCUGCCGGGUGGAGGAUGGGACAACCUCCGCAACAUGGACAUGGGUCGAGUCAUGAACAUCAGUUACUUCCAGUGCCAGACCACCGAAGACGGGCUCUACCUCAUCCCUGACGAAGUGUUUGUCAUCCCGCACAAGGAGACAGGUGUGGAGACCAGCUCAGAGAUUAUCACUUCAUGGAUUAACCAGACAAGCUCUACGUCUGAAUCCAUAAAUGCAGAUAUAUCCUUCCUUCCGGUGCUGAAUGCCAAAUUUUCUACUGAGAACAUGAGGAUGAAGACCCACCAGGUCAAAGACUCUUCAACUACAGCCAGAGUGCAGGUUCGGAACUUCAUCUACACAGUCAAGGCUUAUCCAGACUUCACUUUGGACACACGCUUUGCCCAGCAAGUCAAAGAAAUCGCUGACGCAUUGGAAAACAACCAGACAAGGAACGCAGACUAUCUGGCAGAGAAGAUGGUGCUGGACUAUGGAACUCAUGUUAUCACCAGUGUCGAUGCUGGGGCUCUUUUGGUAGAGGAAGACUACCUUCGGUCUUCAUAUAUGUCACAGAGUGUGCUAGAUAGUUCAUCUGUCAAAGCAUCAGCUGGCUUGAAUUUUUUUGACAAACUCAAGUUUGACAUAAGCAGUGCAAGUAGCCAAAAGAGCUCUUCACUUCAAACUUAUCAGUCCAACAUUCAGUACUCUCUCAUUCAAAGUCAUGGAGGCACACCUUUUUAUCCGGGCAUCGGCCUGCAGAAGUGGCAAGAAAGCACCCCCAACAACCUGGUUGCUAUUGAUCGUUCAGGAUUUCCCCUACACUACAUUAUAAACACAAACGCAAUCCCUGAUCUACCAGAACCUACAAUUAGAAAAGUGUCUUUUUCUGUGAGUCAAGCUAUAGAGCGCUACUACAAGGUCAACACCCGCCCCGGCUGUGUUGACGUCAACUCCAAGAACUUCAACUUCCAGGCCAAUGUUGAUGAUAACUCUUGUGAGGGCCCUGCUACAAACCUUAGUUUUGGUGGUGUCUACCAAGAGUGUGUUCAGAUCACCCCAGAUGCAGGUCCAAUUUGUGAUGUCCUGGCUCAGAAAAAUCCAGACACAGGCGACUUCUCCUGCCGUUCACCUUACUCUCCAACUCUACUGAGAUCUGAAGUGAGACAGCAGGGUUACUCAACAUAUGAUUGCUAUGAGGAAAGCUAUAGUUGCUGGCUUUUUUUCACUUGCCAUGAACAGCGUUGUCAGCAUAACUACCACGUACGUUCUGCACGCAUCAACACCUACUGGUGCUCAGUAAACGGAGAAGCCCCACAGAAUUCAGGGUUUCUUUUUGGAGGGAUAUACAGUCCCUCUCUCCAGAACCCGCUCACAAAAGCCAAAAGUUGCCCCCCAGACUUCAUUGCACUGAAGUUUCUGUCAGACGGUCAAAUGAUCUGUGUUAGCAACGACUUUGAAAUUGGUACCAGAUACUCUGUACCUUUUGGAGGCCUCUUCAGCUGUCAGUCAACCAACCCACUGGCAAAAUAUCAACGUAGCUGCCCUCCCAAGUUCAGCCAGCACCUUGCUACUGUCAGUGACGGCUGUGAAAUUCUUUACUGCGUCCAGUCGGGGUUGUUCACAGGUGGGCAGCUGCUGCCAAUCCAUCUGCCUCCCUUCACUAAACCUCCACUCAGCAUUAAGGCCACUAACACAGUUUUGGUGAUGACUGAAGGAGAGAUGAGCUGGGUUAGAGUGGGGAAGACAAAGGCAUGGAAACUUGCCAAACCAGAGGAAAUCAAGGAAAUUGUGCGGUCACUUAACCCACAAAUGAGUCGGAUGUCGAAUGGAGAAAAGGCAGGAAUAGUCUUUGGGGUAAUAGGUAUGAUGCUGCUGGUCGUAGUGGCAGUAGUGUUGAUGAAGAGGAGGAGGAGGAGGCUGUCUGGAUUGACGACAACAAGAGGCUAUGAGGAAAUACGUAAUGAGGCUGAAAGAGAGGCAGAGCAAUCUGAGGCUUGAGGAAAAGAAGAAGAAAAAAUGUUUUUUUUUUUUCUCGAGUUUGUAAAUCAUGAACUUGCUGUAUGUACUUAUGUUUACUUCUCACCUGCUGUUGUGGUCUGUAAUGGAUAUUUGUUGCAAAUAAGAAAAUGAUUUUAAUUAACAAACUGUGGUUUGUGAUUGCAUCAUCACCACUACACUGGUUUGAGUGAUUCACAGAACGAUCAACAGUGUGUGGACGGGUGCUUUUACACAACUUUACGCACAGGAAUUAGAACGUCCAGACUUUUACUCAAUGUUUUGGGUUUUUACUUUUCAUGUAAAACACACAUUUCAAUAAAUGGUGUCAUGUGAGACUGUUUUUUUUCCUUGUUUUUUUUUUUUUUUUUUAUUUUUUUUACCAUUUCUCAGUGGCUGAUUGUUAGACACGUGCACUCAUUUUAGGCUUAACAUGUCGAUUUAAGCAAUGCCACUUGUUUAUUGUAAAUAAGCAAAGAGAAAUAAAAGAAAAGGAAAUAAACAACAUGUGUUAUUAAAAAUGCCA